AUGCUUGAUGUGAAGGUGUUUACUCCAGUGUUUCGACCAUAUCAAGAAGAGCCGGAAGAUGGCGAACCACAGACGAUACAUCCAAAUAAGGAACAGUUAACAAGAAGAUAUGCGAUCAUACCAGAGCAACAGUCCCAGCAGCAGCAAAGUUCGCAAGAAGGUUGCUGCUCCACCGAUAAUGUAAUAAUCGUUCCACAUGUGCAAAUAACCCCAAAUGAAUCGCAUUUAUUCAACAGAGCCAUCAGUUCUGGUGGAGGUUUACUAGCAGGUAAUGUCCUUUUCACAGCUGCUUCUACUAAAUUUACAUCUGAGUAA